CGACACGCUAGAGAUGCAUACGAGGCACGUUGUGGCCGUCUUCCUGCUGGCUGCUACUGAACUAUCAGUUUCACAGAACAAAGAAUGUUUUCCUGACAAGUGUCACAACUAUGCCAUGUUGAGGUACUACCGGGAACUGACUUGCCAUCCUUAUAACAACAGUGAUGCCUGUUGUCCAGCUGCCUUUGACUGUAGUUUUCUUGAUGUAAUAGAUGACAAAAAGUGCCAGUACAAAGGAAUAGUUUAUGAGAAAGGAACAGUUCUUUAUGAUGAAGUUGAAGAUCCAUGUGCUGCAGAAUGCCGCUGUACAGAAACACUGAAUGGUGUUUCUUUUGAGUGUACAGGAGUUGUAUGUCCAGAAGCUGAAGUUUAUGGACAGCUACCACCCAACUGUUUUCUGAAAUUUGAUGCAACUCAUUGCUGUGCUACAGGAUUUCACUGUUUGCCAGAUGGCAAUGAAGAAGAAUUACAAACUGAGCCAACAAUGAAGUGCAUUUAUAAUGGAUAUGAACGUACAGAAGGACAGUACCUAUCAGUUGACUAUCCUCUCUGUGUAGUGUGUGUUUGUGAAAAGGGCUUUGAUGGAACACUGAAUGGACCAUGGUGCCAUAAGUACACCUGUGACAUGAUGAUUCGGUUCAAAGUUGCUCAUCUGAAACGUUGUGCUCCCAUUUUUGCAAAGGAAUUCAGCUGUUGCCCUCAUGCACUUCAUUGUCCUGUAGGCUCAGAUUAUGUUCUUCAGUCCUCGAAUCAUACAUCUUCAGCAGAUGAACUGCACUGCUCUUUUGGACAUCUAAAACUCAGACGAGGAGAUCAUCUCGUGAGCCCUGGUAUUUGCGUGAAGUGCAGAUGUGAUGUACCACCAUUUGUAACUUGUUAUUGGCAUAGAUACGAAGGUUGCAAAUUUCCAAAUGCUAAUAUGUAUGGAGCCAGGUGAUGGAUCUGUGACAGAGAAGUGAUUAGCAGCCAGUAACCUAUGCUUACUGUAAUAUCAUCUUAUAUUAAUUUAUGUUGUAAAGAAGAAAUAAAAUAGAAAGAACAUCAAAAAUCACUUUCUAUAUUACUAUUAUUAUUAUUAUUAUUAUUAUUAUUAUUAUUAUUAUUAUUAUUAUUAUUAUUAUUUCCCAAGCAAAUGGUGUUUACACCAAGCAAAUGUCAAAUAAAAUUUUCCUUCUAUAAAAGUUGAUUGUCUCUACUUUACAACACAGUAUAAAUAAA